GAGUGUUAAAGUAAUUAGAUUUCCAGUCCCAGUUUCCAUGUGAGGAUAUAAUUGGAACAUUUGUUCCAAUUACAUUUGCUUUAUAGUUCAGUAUGAAUUUUCAGUAGAUAGGUUUGAGAUAAGAAAGCAGCAAUUCAAAUGCAAUUAUAUAAACAGUACGCUCAGCCUGGUAUUAGCUUGGAGAGUAUAAAGCACAGUGAGAGCUUGUGCUGGGUCGCAGCCUCUCCAACUCCACAAUGCAGACUCAGGCUACUAUAUUGAGGAAAGAUUCAGCUGCCAACAGCAUGAGUCCCAUCUUUCUGAUGUCCCUUCUCUUUGGCCUGACUUUUGGGCAGGCAAUGUCUUUUUGUGCUCCCAUUGAGUACAUCAUCCACGUGGAGAAGAGAGAAUGUGCAUACUGCCUGGCCAUCAACACAACCAUCUGUGCUGGAUUCUGCAUGACACGGGACAGCAAUGGUAAGAAGCUACUCCUCAAAAGUGCCCUGUCCCAGGAUGUGUGCACAUAUAAAGACAUGGUGUACAGAACAGUGGUACUCCCUGGCUGCCCACGACACACUGUCCCCUAUUACUCUUACCCAGUGGCGACGAACUGCAAGUGUGGUAAAUGUAACACUGAUUACAGUGACUGCAUUCAUGAGACAGUCAGGACAGACUAUUGCACUAAACCACAGAAGCCCUAUAAUGUGUGAGCUUAUUACUGAAUGAGGUUGAAAUGUACCUUAUGCCCCACACUUAGCUAGUUGCUAUCUAUAACUGAGUCAUAAAUAAAAUUGUA